AUGCAUUAUUAUCUUUCUCAAUCUCUUUCCUCAGGAAAAAAGAGCCCGGACCUUGGGGAAUAUGAUCCCCUCACUCAAGCUGAUAGUGAUGAAAGUGAAGAUGACCUUGUGCUCAACAUACAGAAGAAUGGGGGGGUCAAGAAUGGGAAGAGCCCCCCCGAGGAGGUGCAGGAGCCCGACUCUGAUGUGGAGGUUGGGAUGACAAAGCAGCACACGUCAGAGAGCGCGCCUGAGGGUUAUCCUGCAGAGGCAGCCGGGAGUUUGGAGCAGAAGGCUGCUCCCUCCCUCAUGCCUUACCUGCGCACAGCGGUCUUUUUGCUCACUGUGGUGAUCUCAAUGAUUCUGGUGUUGGUGUGUGCAUUUCUAAUUCCCUGUCCCCCUAGAGACUUGCAUAACACCUGGAACCGCAACCUAGGUCAGGGAGCAGGUGGGGUGUUAUCGCCACUGGAGCUGUGCGAUGUCAACGGCGAUGGGCUCCCUGACAUCAUCAUCGUCUUCACAGCCUUGAUGAAUGCCAGUGUCAUGGGUGUCUCUAGACCUUCAGUGACUGUGGUGGCUCUUUCUGGCAUGAAUGGCAGCACCCUGUGGUCCAUCCACCUUCCUGAGGAGACUCUGAGUGUGCAGUGCAAAGGGCUGUCGCUGGGAGUUCCUACAGAGCCCGUCUGCCUUGUGACAGGAACAUCUAAACUGCUCAGCCUUCUCAAUGCCUCCACAGGCAAGACCAUCUGGACACUGAAUUCCAUCCAUCUCUCAAAUGGGAUCCUGGCUGCACCAGCUGCCACUCUUCCGGAUGUAGAUGGAGAUGGGGUUGGGGAUAUUGUUGUUCUGGCGCUCAAGGAGACACAGCCUGAUGUGUUUUUUAUCUUGGUGUCGGGAAAGACUGGGACUGCUUUGGGUGGGCCUGUGAAGUACAGCAUCAAUGGAGAAGGGAAAGUGAUCGGUCCCCAAGUUCACAUCACUAGCCGGGGAGCCAUCUACAUCCUAUUUGGUUUUGGUAACGUUCAAGCAGUUGCUCUGAGGGAUAUCUUUACCCAAGCCAGAAACCGGGACAGCUUCCCUGCAAUGCUGCAGCAGGAGGAGCCAGAAUGGGAAAAGCGCAGAUCUGUCAACCUGUCAGAGCUCAUUGACAUUUACAGUGGAGGUGUUGACUUCCUGCAGACGAUGAAGGCACCUGACACAAAUUGCAGUAAUCUGCUUAUCACCACCAAAAGUGCCCUGAUCCUGCUGCGGGGACAGGACUUGAAGCCCCACUGGCUCCUGGAAAUGCAGAACAUUAGCAGCCAGCCUGUCCCUGGUUACUUUGGUGCUGACCAAACCCUGGACUUCAUGCUACAAGCACAGACUGGAGAUGGGAAGAAAAAGGUGGUGGUGGUAGAUGGCAAAUCAGGCUUUCCUGUUUGGAAUCAAGAAUUCCCAUGGCAGAAGCAAGAUCUCGAUGCACUGACAGUGAUGACUUUGGACAAGAAAUCUGUCUUUCUUUUCUGGGCUGAUGAAGGACAAUCUGUGUUACAAACUUUGCAACCCGGUCCCAGAACCGAGCGCCCAGGGUUGCACCACCUCUAUUUCCUCCAUCCUGUCUUUCCUACUGUCCUAUUGGACCUCACAAAUGCAACAGACAAAGUCAUUGCAUCAGCAGUUGGAAUUAAUGAUCUCCAGAAGGAUGCAUUUUACAUCACUGUGACAACAACUGCAACCUCUGAAAAACAGCCAGGAUUUUUCUCAGUUAGCAAGCUAGGCCUGAAGUGGGCCAUGAUGACUCAAGGCCGAAUGAUGUGGUUAAAGGACAACACCACUCCCAAGAUCAGCCGUGGGGAAGUGAGACGAUUUCUUGCUCGGCUGAAAUUUGUUGAUUUUCCUCACAAGCUCUAGCCUGAUGAUUCCUCAGGUUUCAGCUAGACAUGUGGCCUGAAGGGUGGAAUAGAGGAAGCUGCUCCGUGGGUCUCCCCGAAAACUGCUGUAUAGAGGGAAUGGGGGCUAAGAGCACUUCCACUUUCUUCAGCUCUCUGGGGAACGGUGAUGAAGGCAGGUUUGUUCUAGACAGAGCUUUACCAGAAGAACCUUGCUCAGCGUCU